AUGGCACAUUGUCCUCUUGCUUGGUUACUUUCCGUAUCCAUUUUACUCUUGGUGAUAAGUGUUCAAAAUUCACAAGCUCGUUUAAGAGACAAAAAUGGAGAAAAAUCUGCGGUAUUUCUAUCACCUGAGUUUGUGCUGGAACCAGGAUCGGUGGUGAACAGAUACUACCACAAUAUUGAUUUUCCAAGAGGUCAUAUUGCUAUCAAGAACUUCAAUGCCGAAGUGGUUGAUGAGGCAGGGAACCCUGUUCCCCUUUAUGAAACUUAUCUCCAUCACUGGAUUGUUGUGAGAUACUAUCAACGUAAAGGUGUUGAAAUGUCAAAGGACAAUACUGAUGUUGAUUUCAACAACUCGGAUAUUAUCACUGCAGGGAACAAUGGGUUAUGCAAUCGUAGUCUGCCACAACAUUGGGGCCUUGGGUCUGAAACACGAAAAACAGCCACACAUGUGCCAGAUCCUUUUGGAAUAGAAGUUGGUAAUCAGGCAGAAAUUCCUGAUGGGUAUGAGGAGAUAUGGUUCCUCAAUGUGCAUGCUAUUGAUACACGGGGUACAGAAGAUUGGUUGGGGUGCACUGAAUGCAGGUGUGAUCUAUACAACGCUACAACGGAUGAUAAUGGCCGCCCUUUGAGGCCAGAUUAUGUAGGGGGUAUGACAUGUUGCCAUCAUGAUAAACAAUGCAGGUUGAGAGAAGGCUUUGAGGGGGCCAAGAGAAGUCUCUACUUGAGAUACACAGUCAAGUGGGUUGACUGGGAUAACUCCAUUGUGCCUGUUAAUAUUUAUGUCCUUGAUGUUACUGAUAAAUGGAAAAGGUCAGGUGAAACAACAGGGCUCAGUGGAAAACAUGAUUGCCAGAUUGAGUAUGACAUCAAGGCUUGUUCCACUGGCAUGGCUAAAGACGGUUGCACUGAUACCAAAAGGGUAAGCCUUAGUCUGCCAACUGGUGGUGAUGUCAUCUAUGGUGUUGCACACCAGCACACAGGGGGGAUUGGUUCAAUUCUUUAUGGAGAGGAUGGACGGGUUAUAUGCACUUCAAUACCUACUUACGGUGAAGGAAAGGAAACAGGAAAUGAAGCUGGUUAUAUUGUAGGAAUGUCCACCUGUUAUCCUCAACCUGGAUCUGUCAAAAUAUCUGAUGGGGAGACUCUGAUUCUCGAAUCGAAUUAUAGCAGUACCCAAACACAUACCGGAGUUAUGGGGCUCUUUUACAUUUUGGUUGCAGCCCCAUCACCAAAACCCAGUCCAGACAUACAUGCUCCAUUUGAAGUGCAUGAAAAGAGGGCAAUACCCAAUUUUGUUUGGUUGGUAGCAUUGUUUGGAAUGGCGAUAGCUAUUGCUGUUUAUAUACAAAGGAACCGAAGAGGGAAUGGUUACCAAUCUGUUUGA